AUACAGACAGUGGUGAUUGUGAUGAAUCAGAUGAUACAUGCAGUGCUGACAUUUCUGACAUAGAUCUAUUAGAUAACUUUCAAACUGAUACAGACAAUAAUGAGCUGGACAAUGAACAUCAAUGCAUUAAUGUGGAGUUCAGAAUGGGAAGUAUGGAUAGCUUCUAUAUUUCUUCAUUUAUGAUACCUAUAGCUUCAAAUCAACAAGAAUACACAUGUGACAGUGAUGCAGGUCAAGGUGAAAGCCAUGAGAGUAGCUAUGACAGUGAAGGACCAUCAAAUGGAUCUAGUAAGGAUACAGAUAGUGAAGGAGGUGUUUCUAGUCAUGUUACAGUUGAUGAUGACAUACUCAGUAGCAGUGAAAUUGGAUCUGAUCAAAUCAGUAUCAGCAGUCAGGAUAAACUGUAUGAUGGUAGCAAAAUUAAUGUUCAAACAAGUUGGUAUGCCAUGAUGAAAUAUGCUAUGUCUAACCACCUAUCAUAUAAAGCAAUUGAAGACCUCAUAUCUCUAAUGCAGAUUCACUGCCCCAAACCUAAUAAGUUACCUCCAAACUUUUACCACUUAAAAAAAGAAUUGGAAAAACUACAGUCAUACACUGUGCAACAUUUCUGUGCAGACUGUCAUUUAAAAAUAUCUUCUGAAAUGCUAAAGUGUUCAAACAAAAAGUGUUCAGGAAGAGUUUGUGAUAUGGUACUAUUACCACUAGAAAAUUGUAUAAGAGAGUUGUAUGAGAAGCACGAUCACUUUUUGUACCCUUUCAAAAGAAUUCAGGAUAGUCAGUAUCUUAGAGAUAUGCAUGAUGGCCAGGCUUUUACUGAUUUGAUGUCUCCUGGCAAUUUCCUGUCAACACCUCAAAGUACAGGAUUAGUGAUAUUGUACCGAUAUUCAAAUCAUCGAAGGGAAGUCUUUGGCCUGUCUAUUUGAUGCCUACGAGUAUCCCACCUCAGUUAAGAACUAAAGUUGAAAAUUUAAUUGUAGCUUCUCUGUGGUUUGGGCUAACCAAACCAAGAAUGAAUUGUUUGCUACAACCUAUUUUACAAAGUAUAUCACAUCUAGAGAAAGGAAUAGUAGUACAGCAAACAUCAUCUUCACAACCUAUAGCUCUUCGAGCUAAGCUAGUAAUGGGAAUCUUUGAUCUUCCAGCUAGAGCA